GGGCACCGCGGCGCGGCGGGGAGCGGGAACACGUGCUCGGAUUUCUGCGCGAAGCAUUUGCACGGCAAGCUGCUGCCCAAGCUCGCGGCGUUCCGAGGAGACAGUGGGUGGACGAGCACCUUAAGCAGGCCUUGCGCGAGAGUUUCGAGGAGCUGGAUGCAAGCUUCGCGGAGAAGAACCCAGACGCCAAGGACGGCUGCUCCGCGGCCGUGGCCCUGGUGCUCGGGGACCGCGUGGCGGUGGCCAGCCUCGGGGACAUCGCCUGCCUCGCGUGCCUCCGCUCCGGAGGGAUCGUCCGCCUCGCGAGAGCGCACGCGGUCCCGGACCCCGACGCGGAGGACGACGAGGACGAGGACGGCGACGGUGGCGGAGCAGCCGCAGCGGCGGCAGUGGCGCCUCCGAGUGCCGACUUCAGAUGGACGCGUUCGUUCGGGGACCUCAGUUUCAAGGCGCCCGGGCGCGAGGGCACGCGGGUGACCGCGACGCCGGACGUGGCGGUCUUCAGACUGGAGCGCGAGCACCUGGGCUUCAUCCUGGCCUGCAGGGAGCUCUACGCCGCCAUCGGCGGCAAGACCGCCGUCAGCACGGUCUUCCGGCGCAGCGCUGGGCGCCCGCGCAUGGCGUCCGGCGCCCUGGUGGACGCGGCGGUGCAGUGGCUUGGGGAGG